AUGGCAUCAAUGGUCGCCAAGGGCAGUAGUAGUUGUAGCACCCAAGUAUCUCCCUCAAUAACUGUUCAAGAAAAGGGAAGUAGGAAUAAGAGGAAAUUCCGGGCUGAUCCGCCUUUAGGUGACCCGAAUAAGAUAAUUCCUUUACCUCAAACUGAAUGCUCAAGUUAUGAAUUUUCAGCUGAAAAGUUUGAAAUCACGCAAGGUCAUGGACAAAUCGGCGUCUGUGACCUGUGUACUGUUAAUAAAGACCAUUCUGAUGGGUUGAAACUUGACCUCGGAUUGUCCAGUACUGUAGGUUCAUCUGAGGUUGGGCCAAGCCGGCCCAGAGAGGAAUUAGAAGCAGAUGAGUUCCAAGAUGCCGAUUGGAGUGACCUCACAGAAACCCAACUUGAAGAACUUGUUCUAAGCAAUUUGGACACAAUUUUCAAGAGUGCAAUAAAAAAGAUUGUUGCUUGUGGUUAUGCAGAAGAAGUUGCUACAAAGGCUGUUUUGCGGUCUGGCCUUUGUUAUGGGUGUAAAGACACUGUGUCUAAUAUAGUGGAUAAUACUUUAAAUUUUCUUAGAAGUGGCCAAGAAAUUGAUCCUUCGAGGGAGCACUGUUUUGAAGAUCUACAGCAGCUGGAGAAGUACAUAUUGGCAGAACUAGUGUGCGUUCUUCGAGAGGUAAGGCCUUUCUUCAGUACGGGUGAUGCAAUGUGGUGCUUGUUGAUUUGUGACAUGAAUGUCUCUCAUGCUUGCGCAAUGGAUGGUGAUCCCUUGAAUAGUUUCAUGAGUGAUGGCGCUUCAAACGGAAGUUCCUCCAUGCCGAAUCAACCCCAGUCAAAAAUAGAAGCCAAAAGUGUUGAAUUGAACCUUCUGAGCCCUUCUAAGCCAGUUCCUUCAAUUCCUGGUUCUCAUAGUUCACAGUAUGAGACACCUGCCAUUGCAGGAGGGGUUCCCAACAUAGCUAAACCAAAAAAUUCCCUUGUUCAAAGUGGAUCAUUCUCUGAGAAAGAGAUCACAAAUUCCACAUCGCAUAAUGGGGAUAAAUCUUUUGGUGUUUCUGGAACAUCUCAAUCUUCUGCAGUAGAGGAAAAACUUUUAAGUAGUAGAAAGGUCCAUUCUGUUAGUACCAAGAGAGAAUACAUGCUUCGGCAGAAGCCACUUCAUUUGGAGAAAAAUUACCGGACUUAUGGAUGUAAAGGAUCUUCAAGAGCAGGGAAGCUGAGUGGUUUGGGUGGUUUAAUCUUGGAUAAGAAACUAAAGUCUGUGUCAGACUCUACCGCUGUUAAUUUAAAGAACGCUUCCUUGAAGAUAAGCAAGGCUAUGGGAGUUGAUGUGCCUCAAGAAAAUGGAAACCACAAUCUUUCUUCCAAUGCUGGACCUUCUUCGCCUAGAGCAUUUAACCUGGAUGCUGACAAUACUGCUUCUGUUUUGCCGCAGAACAAUGUCCCAUCCAUAUUACCUGCUGUCAAUACUUCAAAUCCACUACCUGCUGUCAGUACUUCAACAGCAUUACCUGCUGUCCAUACUUCAACACCAUUACCUGCUGUCAAUACUUCAACACCAUUACCUGUAGCCAAUACUCCACCUGCAUUAUCAGUUGCUGAUACUGAGCUUUCUCUCUCUCUGCCUACAAAAAACAACUCCAGUUCAGUGUCCCUUAGCUGUAAGUCUGAUGCAACUAAUUCUAUUUUUUCUGGAAUACCAUAUGAUAAGCCCUCGGGGCAGUGGGUCCCUCGGGACAAGAAAGAUGAAAUGAUUUGA